UUUCAGAAUGUGGUCACCGUGGCUAAUCGUGAUCUACACAUUGAUGUGCCUUGUUGUCAUUUUCUUCCUUCUCUCCAUUGUCUACUUUAUCAAUGCAGAUCGGAAGCGACGGAAGUUGAUUGAAGAUUCAAUCGUCAAUCAUCAGAAGGCUACGGAGGUUUGAGGAUGUGCUGCGGUCAACCAAAAGGAGGAGAAAAUUAAAAAUGAUCUGUGAUUCACGAGUAUAUACGGUUGUUUUGUCUUAUAUUAGUCUUAUAUAUAACGAUCGAAUAAACAACAACAACUUCAAUAAAAAUGUUUUAACAAUGUUUAACAAUG